AUGCUAUAUUCGUGCAGUCUGCGGCACACUUCAUGCCUCCCCCCCACAGGGACGCUGUCAGGCAAGCAGGAGGCCUCUCUACCCACAGAGCCCCCCGAGGUGCAGCACAGCCGCCUGCCCCACGGGAUUUAUCCCCCUGAGCUACAGGGACCCCCCAGGCCCACAUCAGACCACCCCCCUGUCGACCCGCUCGUUCCCGCUGCCGGCUGCCGCCCGGGCUGCGGCCCGGGUCCGCCGCGCCGUUCCCGCGCUGUGCUGAGGGGCGGGCAGGGCGCUCCGGCUCUUCUCUAUGGUACGCGCCGCUCUAUCCCCGUCCUCACGGCCUCAGACCGCCCGCAUCCCCUUCCCGCUGCCCUCAGCCCGUUCAGCCCGUGCGGACUCCUCUCUCUCCACAGCCCCACGCAGGAGCUGUCGCCGCAGCCCCGCGGGAACACCUCCGAACGUCCCCGGUCUCCACCCUCUCUAUGGCCGCGAGGAGCCGCUCUGCUCCGCGGUCGCCCAGCGACGCGCCCUCUCUAUGGUCCCUCGGGCGACAUGUGGCGGCUGCUGCUGGGCCGCGGCGGCCUCGCGCGCUGCUUGCCGCCUCCCGCCCGCCCCGCGGUCGCCGCCGCCCCCGACAGAGACUCUGCCGACAGCCGCGGCUCCGCGCGGUGCUGCGAUGCGCCCGGCUGUCGGCACGGCGGGCCCCGCCAUGGCCGCGAGCGUGAGGGACGGCGGCAGCCGCUGCCCGGCCUGCUGCCGCGUUACUCCGUGCUGGACGCCGUCACCUGGGGAGCACUGGCCGCGCUCCUGCUGCAGCUGGUCAAGCAGAUCUCGUGGCUGCGAUCGCUGCCGGAUGCCAGGAGGGAGCCCAGGCCUCCCUGGUUGCCCUCGCUGCCCGCACAGCACGCAGUGGUGCCUGACGCUUCAGCCGGCCUUCCCUGUGCCCAGCUGGGGCCCUGCUUCCUGCAGAAAGCAGAGGUUGCACCAGAGAAUUCAUCCUCAGGCCUCCCCUCGGGGCCAGGAGAGAGGCAGCUGUGGGCAGAAGAAGGGGAGUUCCCAGUCCCUCAGUGCUCCAGCCUGAGGCCAGUUCCACACAGUACAAAGGAAAACCCAGCUCAGCGAGAGCAUUUGGAGGAAGCUGCUUUUCAGUUGCAGCAGAUUUUCCGGGUUGAUAUAUCCAUUGCAUUCAAUAUCCUUGGGAUUGAAAGUAUGAGAGAAGGCCAUUACCAGACAGGCUAUACCUGCUUCAAACUGGCAGCAGAUCGAGGCUACAGCAAAGCCCAGUUCAAUGUGGGUCUGUGUUAUGAGCAUGGCAGAGGCACGGGAAAAGACUUGGAAAAGGCAGCUUUUUAUUACUACCGUGCAGCCAGCAGCUGUCACCCCAUGGCACAGUACCGCUAUGCUAGGUGCCUCUUGUGCCACAGUCCUGAAAAUGAGUGGCACAGGCUUCAGAAGGCAGUGACAUUCCUGGAGCAAGCAGCAGAGGCUGGACUUAUAGAGGCACAGGCUUAUCUCGGAGUGUUCUACAUGAGGGGGCUACAACCUAAGGAAAAGAGAGGUCUCAAGUACCUAUUGCUGGCAGCAAAGAAUGGCGAUGCCCAAAGCAGAUACCAUGUGGGCGUUUGCUAUGAGAAGGGCCUUGGGGUGCAGCAGAACCUGGCAGAAGCGAUGAGACACUAUCGACAGUCAGCUGCUGCAGGGAACAGAAACGCUCAGGAGAGGCUGCGAGUGAUAGAAGAGGAGAUGGAAGAUGUGCAAAGAAAGCACCCGUUCCCUUUCGGAAUGAGAGCCUCUUCCUCCAGCCCCUGUUUCUGGGCCACCGAGCGCAUGCCUGCAGGUCUCUAUUCCUUCCAGCCAAGACAACCUGCCCUCACCCUGCCCCACUCCUGGAGUGCAGACAGGCUCCACAUGAUGACACUUGGCAGCACAGAAUGGAGCCAUGCCCUAGGAAACAGGGCGAGUCCGCUGGAGCUGCAAGGUUUGGAGCCCCACCACUGUGGUUACUAGAGCAGCUGUUGGAAAGCAAAAACAAUGGUACAGAGAAAGGAGUCCUGCGUGUGUGUGAUCCAGCAGUGCUUACCUGUGGUCUCCAUUGUCCCAGACCUUCUACUGCUCCUCUACCCAUGUGCCAACUGUGUACCACUGCCAAAGCCUCUCCCAGUGCCUGAUUCCCUGUUGUCUUGCCAUUUUGAGUGCAAGUUCCCAUGGUUAACAACACCUUUGUGUGCCUCUUCUUCUAUUACUAGUAUCUGUAUCUCAGUUUUUCAACACAUGCUAUUCAAAGCAGUCGUAAGAGCUCACAUACGCAUGAAACAAAAUGAAAACCUACAGUAUGGGUGAAGUUUGUGACUGAAUAUUUCAAAGCUGUUUUCACGCUUCCCUUUUCCCUGGUUACCUUUGACAGACUCCAGCCAUCUGUUGUCUGCUUCGGGGCAAGGACUAGGCUCCAAAAUCCAGUGGCCCACAAAAGAGAGCGCAGAGAAAGGAAUUGUGAGCACCUAGUGUAACCACAGGAGAGAUGCCAGAGUAGAAGGGGGUGAUUUGGGGCAUUUUACAAAAUGCCAAGCUCCCAGUGUUAGAAAAAAGCUGAAAGCAUCGGUGAAGAAACCCCUUUCUGAGUUGCCUUUUCAGGCUUUCUGCAAACACAGCGUUGUCUCAGCUAUAUUGGACCUUGUUGCAGAAAUAUAACGUUAGGAAAAAAAAAAAAACCAACAAAUUGUUUUAUUUAAAUAAGAACUGAGAUCAUGGAGCCCAACUCUGCAGCGUGUUGCAAAGUCCGUGGCCAUACUGGUUUAUCCUCUGUGCUGCACAGCCUGUAGUCACAUGGGUUUAUCUGUGUCGUUCUCGGGUGUGAUCUGACAAAGCCCCCUCGCUCAAUCUGCCUGCCCUGGGAGGAGAGGGCCCUCCUGCUGUUGUGUGAGUUGUGUGUGAUCGUAAGGUGAAAGAUGAGGGUGGAAGAAGAGGAGAGACAGGAACAGGCAGGGGGAAGGGAGCUAAAUGCAGUGAAAUCAGUCGUGGAGAAAUUUGAUGGUGUGAGGCAAAGGAAGAUACAUGCCUAUCAUGAUCAGUCUAGACAUGAAUGACGCUCUGGACCUCUUCAAACACAUGUGCACCCAAAUAGAGAAAGCUUUGUUUGACU